AUGUGUCCCAAAAACGAUGUCGAGUCAUCAUCGAGUUCUAAUGAUAGGAAUUUGAAACAGCCAAACUUAAAAAUUGAUGAACACAGUCUGUCCAACCACACUUUUCCCGAAAUUUUUUUGCAAACCAUAGUAGUAGAACUGAGGGGAGACAAAGAAUGUCGCCGAGUAAGACUCUUGAUCGAUACUGGAUCCCACAAGUCAUAUAUUACGAGAAAAAUUGCCGAAGAGAUGGGGUACCCUCCAGUUCGAGAAGAACAGCUAGUACAUUCACUUUUUGGAGGAACACAAACUGAAUCUGUGAGUCAUAGAUGCUUCAGAAUUUCUCUUCAAAGUCUUACUGAAGACUACUGUUGCAACUUCGAAGUUUUGGAUCAACCAUUGAUUUGCAACCACAUAAGCUCAGUGAAAAAGGGACCUUGGCUGGAUGAACUGAAACAAAUGGGAGUAGAAAUUACUGAUACUACAGAUGGGACAAUUGAUGUUUUGGUUGGUGCCGACAUAGCCGGAAAACUUUUUUCCGGACGUAAACAAGAUUUGGAUUGUGGACUUGUAGCGGUUCAUACAUUACUAGGUUGGACACUCAUGGGAAAACUGAAAUCAGAAUACUCAUCUAAGACAUCCCUUCUUGUAACUUCAAUGCUUUCGAAAAAUGUGUCCAUAUGUGACUUAUGGAACCUAGAUGUCCUUGGGAUUCAAGCUCCUGAAAAUUCUGAAUCACAACGGGAACAAGAAAAACUUCUUAUGGAACAUUUUCUAACAACAGUUAAACGAAGAGAUGACAGGCGAUAUGAAGUGUGUAUGCCUUGGAUUGAAGGUCAUCCCCCUUUAUCAUCCAACUUCGAUUUAUCCUAUAAAAGACUCCUCCACACUGUGAAAAAGUUGAAAAAGGAUAAUUUCUAUAACGUCUACGAUAGCGUCUUCGACAAUUGGUUAGCUGAAGGAGUUAUAGAAUGUUCGUCAGAAAAUGAACCUCUUGAAACAUCAUCUCAGUCUGGUCAUUUUUUACCUCAUCAUCCAGUAUAUAAGCCCAGUAGUACCACAACACCUGUACGUCCAGUUUUUGAUGCUUCGUCAGGAGCAAAGAAUCAACAAUCUUUGAAUCAGUGCCUUGAGAAAGGAAUCAACCUCAUUGAAUUAAUUCCAUCUAUGAUUCUACGUUUCCGCUUGGAUAAGAUAGGAAUCACAGCUGAUAUAGGAAAGGCAUUUCUUCAGAUUGGAUUACAAGAAAACGAUAGAAACUUUCUGAAGUUUCUUUGGUAUGAUAAAAACGGAAAAAUAAAAAUUUAUAGACAUGCCCGUGUCGUAUUUGGAGUAACUUGCAGUCCUUUUCUAUUGGGAGCAGUCCUCGAAUUUCAUCUGCAGGAAACUCUAAGAGAAUCAAUUCAUGAAGAAAACUCCUAUAGUCCCAAAGUUAUUUCGAAAUUAUUGAAGUCAUUUUACGUUGACAAUAUUCUUAUAAGUGUACAAAACGAAGAAGCUCUCAACCAAUUUAUUGAACAGUCAACUAAAAUUCUGGCUGAUGGAAAGUUCGAGUUGAGAGGGUGGGAGCAUUCUUUGCCAGAAAAUGUCGAAGUCGAAGCAAAAAGUAACAUCCUUGGACUCAUCUGGAAUCGUAAAUUGGACACCUUAGAACUUUCUCUAGAAUGGUUUGAUAAAAUGGAUGUAGGACUGAUAACUAAACGAACUAUAUUAUCUGCAGCACACAAACUGUUUGAUCCAAUUGGUUUCUCAUGUCCAGUGACACUGAUCCCAAAAAUUUUGCUCCAAAGGACUUGGUCUACGAAAUUGGGAUGGGAUUUGGAAGUUGAUGAAGUAGUUCAAGAAUUAUUCCUGAAGUGGUUACAAGAACUACCCUAUUUGACAUCCGUUAAGAUUCCUCGGUGGAUAUCUUUAGAUUCCACUAUAUUGACCACUCAAUCUGUACAUGUUUUCUGUGAUGCAAGUGCAGAUGCCUAUGCAGCUUGUAUUUUUCUCAGAACAGAAACUGGUGAUGGUCAAGUGGUUUUGAGAUUAAUCGAAGGAAAAUCUAGAGUAGCACCUAUUAAAAAAUUAACCAUACCACGUCUCGAACUUUUGGCUGCAACAAUUGGAGUGAGAAUAUUUCGAAAUUUCCAGACAAACUAUGAAAUCAACCUUCAAGCAUUUUUUUGGUCAGACUCCUCAACUGUUUUAUCUUGGAUCAAAAGGAAAGAAAAUUGGAAACCAUUCAUCUGGAACCGUGUUGAAGAAAUAAAACGUUUUUCUAAACCUAUAGACUGGUACCAUGUUCCUGGUGAUAUGAAUCCUGCAGAUCUUCCAUCACGAGGAUGUUCUGCUGAAUCACUAGCUGAUGGAAGAUGGUGGGAGGGUCCAAAAUGGUUGUGUGAUCCAAUUUCCCAAUGGCCUAGUCAGAAUUUUGAUAGUAAUGAAGAGGAAAUAAACUGCGAAAGAAGAAAAACUGUUGUUUCCUCGUUGUCGGUGUCUAAAGAUUUUGUAUGGUACUACAAGUACUUUUCGAAGUUCAGCAAAAUCGUCAAGAUGGUUGCAUGGAUCAAACGAUUUGUCAAUAAUAGCAGAAAGAAAAAUACUGAAGACUCAAAAUUUCUGACUGUCGAUGAACUGGAAGUAUCAAGAAAACUAGUAAUUCGUUUCAUACAAGAAGAAAGUUUUGAGUCUGUAGAAGAUCCCAAAUUAUCAUCAUUAUGUCCCUUUACUGAUAACCAAGGACUGAUCAGAUUGCGAACAAAAAUUUCAGAUAGAACCGAUGCAGAGGAUUUUCGUAUGCCAUUUGUAUUGCCCACAAACCAUGAAGUUGUGAAACGUUUGAUUUUCGAAGAACAUAUAAAGAAUAAUCAUGUUGGAGUACAAGGAUUGAUGAGUAUUCUUAGAGCGAAUUAA